AUGUCAAUUAGCACAUUUUCGAAUUUUGGCCACUUGUCAAAAAACAAUCUUUAUGGAACCAUCCCCUCAUGUCUUAAUAAUCUCACUGCAGUGGUUCAAGAAGGAUUGCCACCUCAUGAAAAUGUGCAGCGUUUUAUCCAUGAGCAUAUGUAUGUUGACCAUGCGUUGAUCAAGUGGAAAGGAUAUCUACGUGAAUUCAACAACAACCUGAGAUUGCUAAAGUACAUUGAUUUGUCAAGCAACAAUCUAACAGGAAAAAUCCCAUAUGGGCUAACCGAUCUCCAUGAACUGAUUGCACUAAACCAUUCAAUAAACACUUUACUUGGAGAUAUUCAACCAAAAAUUGGCGAAAUGGGAAACCUUCAAAUUUUGGAUUUAUCUAGAGAUAAGUUUUCAGGAGGAAUUCCACCAAGCAUGUCUCAUAUGACUUCAUUAGAUUACAUGGAUGUGUCAUAUAACAAUUUGUCGGGUAGAAUUCCAUCUGGAACUCAACUCCAGACCUUUGAACCUACAAGGUACACCGGAAAUACAGGACUUUGUGGACCUCCCCUAACUAAAUAUUGCCCCGGAGAUAAAGAGUUUGAGGUGGAGGUGGCACCCUUUGUUUAUGGAACUGGAUUUUGGAUUGCAUGUGGUGCUCUACUUGCCAAUCGACGUGGGAGGGAAGCUUUUUUUCGCUUUCUUGAUAUCACAAAGGACUGGGUAUGUGUAAAGCUGGUGAUGUUAAUUGCAAAAUGA